GAACCACACAGAUACCAUCUAACAUUCCCUCACGCUACACCACACAGUGACACACAGGAUUCAACGACCCAUCUGUUUCUAGAUAUACUGGUAUUGAACUUGUAACAGCUGCUGCCGCGGGGACCGUCAACUUUAGUCGCCCAUCAGCUCGGCCGCCAUAUUGGCUUCGGUAGGAUCACAAACGUCCUCUGCACGCCGAGAGUUUCCUUCAUGGCAUGGCUGUUGUUGACUCGGGAUACUAUUUGUUGUGCACGAGAAUGACGAAUCUGCUGAACCCAUUAUUGGUUGGAGACACAUCUUCAACAUUUUCGGAUAUUGCCGGAGAAGUGAAGAAACAAAAGGUGAAUUAUGUCUACUUGUCAGAAACAAAAGAGCUAGAUGGGCUGAGAUAGGACCAGAAUAUGUCAACAUCCGAGGCUCCAGUUCUCUAUCAUCUGGAACCUUGGGACAAGCUCGUCAUAGUAGCGGCAGCACUGGCAGCUCUGUUUACUAUCGGCAUCCUGGUGUUCUGUGCCAUCAGCCCCCUGUGUUGCCUCUACCAUGUGUGUCCCUGUAAAGACAAGGAUGAAAAAGAGAAAAGGGGCAAGGAGAAAGUUCCUGCUUAUGGCUCAACGACAGGAUCGCAUUCUCCGUACUAUAAACCGGAACAACACAGUCUCUGGCAGCCUCUACAAUCAUUUAAAGACACAGACACUUCCGAUUGGUCAGAUUACAGUUCCCAUGACGUCAUUGAAAUGAAACAGGAUCGUCACAAAGAACAUGUCUUCAAACCGAUUCGCAGUGAGGCCCAGUCCCCGUCUUCCCCAACUACCUUACUGCUUGAAAAGGCUUCUCUGGUCUUUGGUCUAAUGUAUGACAGAGUCGACGGUAAGCUUACAAUACGAGUCCAGAAGCUUAGCAACUUCUCAAUCACCGAUCCUGAUGGCGCAAUGACACCUUACGUCAAAGUCAGAUUAUACCGGGCUCCGCGCAGCUUCUUUACCUUCAGAGGCAAGGCGAGUAGGGAGCAGGAGAUUAACAACCUCGAUGUGGAGUUCCAGACGAAGAUACUACGCAGGUCUACAGACCCAGCUUUCAACGAGAUAUUCAUUGUGCCAAUUGAUGCGAAUGAGAUCCAUUACUACACCCUGAAGAUGCUGGUGUGCGACUUUGACCGCUACACAAGGCAUGUCGUAGUAGGCGAGGUGGUGGUGCCAUUGUCACGGGUUGAGUGGACCACCCAGACGGAGGUGGUGUUUGACGAGCAGCUGCAGCCCCCUGUUGAUGAAAUCCUCGGAGAGGUACAGAUUGGGCUGAUGUACUUGCCUACAGCAGAGAAAUUGAGUCUCACCAUCAUUAAGGCACGUGGCUUAAAGAUUAUGGACCAGACUAAGGCCUCUACAAACGCCUUCAUGAAAGUGAACUUGAUGUUUGAUGGCCGUCCCAUGAAGAAGACGAAGACGUCGGUACGUCUGAGUGACGUCAGCCCGGUGUUCAACGAGACUAUGACGUUUGACGUACCUCACUAUCAACUUGACAACGUGUACUUCAGCAUCGCCGUCAUCCAUAUUGACAAGGAUGCGGAGAAGCCGUCACGGGCUCUCAUUGGUCGAUUAUAUUUGGGCAUGAACUUUGACUCCGAUGCUCGUGCACAGUGGACCGAAAUGAUUCAGAACUCCAGGAAACAAGUAGCAUGCUGGCACAAGCUACAGAUUUGAUCUUACCUUGACUCGUGUUGUUCAGCAGCUCUAUAUAUACUGAUGUAUCGGGGGCUUUUAUACAGGGAUGGCAUUUUAUUUAUAGUCAGUGAUUAUUCGAUGGGUCGAACUGCUAGUCAGUGUUUUAUAGAUGGAUCCGACUCCAGUCAAUGUUAUGUUUAUUAUUAUUAUUGUUCUUGUUAUUGUUGUUGUCGCAGUUAUAGCUCCAAUAAGUAGUGGGCCACAUACAGUCAAGCUGUUAUAGCUCCAAUAAGCGGUGGGCUACAUACAGUC